GGCGAAACCUCCGUCUCCGUGGCGCAACAAAACGAGAUCCAGCGAAGAAAUCGGGCCAAGGUCCUGCCGGGGGUUUGCUCAACAGCCAUUCCUGCGAACAGUCAGUUUCAAGUGCGACAGGUUAUCCCCCUGCUGAACAUCCAAGUCCUCGUCUUUGGUAGUGGAGUUUACGCCAACGGUCUAGAACUUCGAGACCAAGAGAAGGGUCUCGUCUACUUAAAUCUGCCGACUGAGGAGAUCAGACAGAAAGUCAUCAGAUGGGUCCACGAAUCCAUCGAGGAGACAAGCGAGCUAUUUCGAUUGAAUUUCCUCAAAGAGAAUUGGCUUCAACCGGCCGACCCUAUUCCUACCUUCUAG